CUGCAAAUUCGUGAUAAAAUAAUUGGUCCAUUCAUUUGUCCUUUAGCUUUCAAUGGAGAUGGAACUGGUGGUGCUGGAGGAAGUUCAUCAGUGACCCAUCGUCAAGAUCUCGCCGAGGAGCAAAUUCAAGCGAAUGGUCGAAGCACGACCUUCAUAGCUGUCAUCGCUGUUAGCAUCUUGCUCUCAAUCUUCUGUGUGCUGCUAGUCUUCUCCCUCUUCAUUCGCAUGCAACAUUCACGGCAACGGCAUCAGUCUCUGAAGAAGAUUGCUUCCGCGGGGACUCCCGGUGGAAUUACCUCCCCGAUGACUUCCGCGCAUCCAACACAUCCAUUGAAUGGCGGUGGUUGUGGUGGGAUGGUUGCUCAACAUGACGUCAUGUCGCAGCAGCUGUACCAACCCGGAGUUUCCAUUUGCAAUAACUUGACUUCUACAGGAGCUUGUACAGCUUCUCCUACUGCUUAUCUCUUUAGUCCUGCUCAUAGCACUGGGUGA